AUGUCUGAAAUUAAACCCCCAACAUUGCCAACCAGCACCAGCACCGUGGUCACCAAUCAAGCGCCAUCAAUACCGACCGCCACCGCAGCUACGGCCACUGUUGCUGCAACAGCCGACAUGCCGAUUGCCACUCCAUCGCUUCAACCGCAAGCCGCAUCUUUGCCUCAAUAUUCAGUGCCAGGACCAGCGCAAGGGACCACCAAAUACCAACAACUUCUCGCGCUAAUUGAGGAGAUGGGCAAGGACAUUCGACCGGCCUAUACAGGGAAUAAAAUUUGCGCCGAACGCUUGAAACGUGUUUUGGUGCACGCUAGAAUCCUGGCCCGGGAAUGUAUCAUGGAAGCCGAUCGGGAUAGAGCAAAGCAACAAAGU